AUGCAAGAAACAUCAAGUGAGCCGAUCGAUCCUUUCGUACCUCGGAAGUACAUUGUGGAGAAACCACAGUUGGUGGAUACAUUCCGCGGCUCUGCGUCCUUUGCAAAGAUCAUUGCAUACCUGCAAGGCUGCUCAGAGUCAGUGGAGGGAAUUCCACGGAGUGGGCGACUUGUGCAGAACCCCGCGGAGCUUCACCCAACACUGCGAUUCUUCGUUGAGACAUUUUUCCCGCAUCUCCACAAAAUUGUCGAUGAGGUGCCGCUUGAAGAUAUGAAGCGGCAGCGGUUUGGAAAUAAGGCAUUUCGUGUCUUUCAUCAACGGCUAGACGCAGACGUGGUGGGCCUCAUGCAACAGUUAGUAUCUACACUACCACCACCACCACCACCACCACCUCAACAACAACAACAACAACAGGCAACAACAACAACUAACAACAACGAGCGGAGUGGACGAAGUGAAGAGGAUCAACAGCGACUUGCGGUGGAGUUGGCGGAGUAUAUUAAAGAUGCAUUUGGAAACGCCACUCGCAUUGAUUACGGCACCGGACAUGAGUUACACUUCUUUAUUGUGAUGAUGAUUUGCCUGGAGGAGUGCGGCGACGCCGGCGGCACGCUGCACGCGGAGCCGACGGUCAUUGUGCCCCUCAAUCACCCGCCGCCGUCGCCGGUGCCGGCCGGCAGCAAAGACCGCAUUUCUCGCCUGCGGCAGGGAAUGGUGUUUGAUGUGUUCGGCGCCUACAUGGAGUUCAUGCGGCGGCUGCAGAAGCACUACCACCUGGAGCCGGCCGGCUCACACGGUGUCUGGGGACUGGACGACUAUCAUCACCUGCCGUUUGUCUUCGGCGCCGCGCAGUUAAUUGAUAAGGACGUCCCACUGAAGGCCAGCGGCGAUGGCGGCGCGGGAUACGGUGCGAUCUUGCCAAAGCACAUCUGUGAAGAGGCAGAGGUGCGGCGACAUGCGGAGGAUUACAUGUACUUUGCACAAAUUGCAUGGAUUAGGGAAAACAAGGUUGGACCUUUCUUUGAGCACAGUAGUAUGCUGUAUAAUAUCAGUGGGGUGGAAAGCUGGCGCAAGAUAUACACUGGAAUGGUUAAAAUGUACGCCGCAGAAGUUCUUUCAAAGUUUAAUGUGGUACAGCACCUUUUAUUUGGACCACAUUUGCCUUGGCCAAGUACGACUGCAGUAGCGUGA